AUGAUAUUAAGAACAAAGGAUCGUGUGGCAGCUAUCUGCGAGAGGCGAACGCCGCAACAGGCGAGCAGCGGCAGUCCCACACUGGGCUCGCAUAUGCUCGCCAUGGAGGUCACCAAAGAGGCGCGCGCUUCGCCGCUGCCUGCAUCCACGCAACAACCAACAACUGCCACCGCGCAACAGCCCCCACAGCCACAGAUUUGUGCUGGAUGCAGCAAGGUUAUAACGGAGCGGUACUUACUUAAGGCUCUAGAUCAGCUUUGGCAUGAAGAUUGUCUUAAGUGUGGAUGCUGUGACUGCCGACUCGGUGAGGUUGGCCACACGUUGUACACACGCGCCAACCUCAUCCUCUGCAAGAGGGAUUAUUUGAGGUUAUUCGGCAACACGGGCUACUGUGCAGCUUGCAACAAAGUGAUUCCUGCGUUCGAAAUGGUGAUGCGUGCGCGCAGCAACGUCUAUCACCUCGAGUGUUUCGCUUGUCAACAGUGUAAUCAUAGGUUCUGCGUGGGUGAUCGAUUCUACUUAUGCGAUAACAAGAUUCUGUGCGAAUACGACUAUGAAGAGCGGCUGGUGUUUGCCAAUAUGGCGUACAAUCCACCACCGCUUGCGCAUCUUAAAAGGCAAACGACUCAUCUGCCACCACCACCAACAAGCAACGCCAUGAGCAGUUUGAUGAACGGGUCGAGUCGCUCCGGUGAUCUGAACAAUAACAUGUCGGGCUCUUCGCCGGCACCAUUUGCUCCCCCGCCGCACCUCAAACCCCUCGGACUCUCGGCGUCCAGCUGA